GAUGGAUCUCAAGGAUAGCCUUUCCAGAUUCAAGCAACAGCAGGAGAGGUGCCAGUCAUCUUUGGCUAGCAUAGCUUUGACCUCAAAGCCAAAGCACAGGGCCCAACCAAUAAAUGCUCCAUCUGUUCCAGCAAGGCCAUCACAACCUAUUAAGUUUUCAAAUGACACUGAAAGGCUUCAGCACAUUAAUUCGAUUAGGAAAUCCCCUGUUGGAGCACAGAUGAAACUUGUCAUCGAACUGCUCUACAAGACAAGACAAGCUUUUACUGCAGAGCAAAUAAAUGACGCAACUUAUGUUGAUAUUCAUGGUAACAAGGCUGUCUUUGACAGCUUGAGGAACAACCCCAAAGUACACUAUGAUGGGAGGCGCUUCUCGUACAAGUCCAAGCAUGAUCCUAAGGGAAAAGAUCAAGUACUUGUUUUGAUAAGAAGGUUCGCAGAGGGUCUUGCUGUAGUGGAAGUCAAGGAUGCAUACCCAACUGUAAUGGAAGAUCUUCAGGCUCUGAAGGCAGCAGGUGAAGUUUGGCUGUUGUCAAACAUGGACUCUCAGGAGGACAUUGUGUACCCUAAUGAUCCUAAAGCCAAGAUCAAGGUUGAUGAUGAUCUGAAACAGCUCUUCCGGGACAUUGAGUUACCACGCGACAUGGUGGACAUGGAAAAGGAGCUUCAGAAGAACGGCUUCAAUCCCAUGACCAACACUGCAAAACGACGAGCAGCUGCCCAGAUCGAUGGGGUGAAACCCAAGCCUAAGGCCAAGAAGCAACGCGAGAUCACAAAACGGACCAAGCUCACGAAUGCCCAUCUGCCCGAGCUCUUCAAGAACCUCAACACUUAA